UCGCCGUCCGACAAGCCCACGUUCGGCGAGCGCCUGCACCAGUGGAGCGUCAAGGCGGGCGCGCCCAUCAACAAGAUGGCCAACAAGCUGGGGUCCGAGGCGUUCUGGCCGUCGAGCAUGGACCUAGAGUGCGACAAGGCGGCGCGCAUUCUGCAGUCCUUCUGCAGCAACAGCAGCAACAGCAGCAGCAGCAGCAAGAAGCCGUCCCAAAAGGCCCUCGUCAAGAUCCCGCCACGGGCGAUCCAGACGGCCGCCGGGCUCGCCAUCUUCACCACGUUCCGGACGGGGCUGCACGUGUCCGGGGCAGGGGGGUCAGGGGUUGUAGUCUCGCGGCUGCCGAACGGGGGGUGGUCGCCGCCGUCGGGGUUCGUGGUGCACACGCUGGGGGCGGGGUUCAUGGCAGGGGUAGACAUCUACGACUGCGUGUGCGUGCUGCGGACGCGGGACGCGGUGCGGGCGUUCAGCGCGCGGCCGCGGCUGUCGCUGGGGGGCGAGAUCGGGCUGGCGGCGGGCCCGGUCGGGGCGGGCGCGUCGUUCGAGUCUGCGCUGGGCGGCAGCGCCGGCGACGACACGGCUAAGCCCGUGUGGAGCUACAUGAAGAGCCGUGGCUUCUAUGCUGGGGUGCAGGCCGACGGCACCGUUGUGGUGGCGCGCCCCGACGCCAACGCCGCCUUUUACGGCAGAAAGGGUGUCACGGUCGACGAGAUCCUCAGGGGCGAUGUGCCCGCGCAGGGCCCGCCGGGCAUGUGGCCGUCGGGCGCUAGGCAGCUGAUGAGAGCCCUGAACGCAGCCGACGGCCGUCGUGAUGCGGAUGGCAGUGCUGCACGCGAGCCGAGCAGAGGGCCAAGGCCAGGAGAU